CAGCAAGUUGGGCUGCGCGCUACUUAAGGGCCCGCUGCGUGAGCCACUGACGUGUUUGGAGCUGGACGCGCCCGGCGCGGGCGAGAGCGGCCGCCCGAGCCCUCCCUGCGGUGAGAAGACGGGCGGGAUGCCCCUGGCGGCGCGGAGACUGAGAGACCCUGACAUAAACCCUUGCUUGUCGGAAUCUGACGCUUCCACCAGAUGCAUGAAUGAAAACAACUAUGACAAGGAAAGGUGCUCCAGUUACUUCAUGAGGUACAAAAACUGCCGGAAAUUUUGGAAUUCUAUCAUGGUUCAAAGAAGACAGAGUGGAGUGAAGCCGUAUAUGCCGACAGCUGCCGAGAGAGAUGAAAUUCUGGGAGCCAUGGGGAAAAUGCCUUAUUGAUUGCUUGCAUUAAAAUGGUUCAUAUAA